GCGACACAAAAUUAUUAUUUAAAAACAUUGUCGCGGUGACUCAAAGGUUUCAAAUGAACAGUAGACUGGUCGGCUAUAGAGAGAUGCAUGGGUAGUGCGUGUGCGCCUGGUGGUUAUGCUACUAAURACAGCGUGAUACACUUAUGCGAGCUUGCACUCGCCGCCUCCGGACAGAGCCGUGUAGAAGAAGAUGUUGAAUCAGCUACGCGCUCGUGAGAUAGACUACCCUGGAUAGGCUAUGUCUCCGUUUCAAAUUUCACAAAUGUCUCCCUUGCUUCUGACAAUAGAAGACGAUACAUUGGCACAGCGUUGGGAACAGUUAAUUAUUACAUUUUGCUGCUGGAAAUAAAUCGGCUGCCUGUCUAGAGAGACGUGCAUCGCCCCAAAGGAGACAUCAAGUUUGACAACUGUAACCAUCUAGACUACGAUGAAGCAGGGUGCACGAGGAGUUGGAGCAUUUGGUUUGGCUGGAGACUUUAUGUUACCGCUUUUAUCAAUGGCAUGACUAUUUCACCACGCACAAUGGAGGAUAAAUCAAACAAACUAAUUUUGAUUCCGAUACUGGCCGUGGUCUUCUUGAUGAUAGGCUAUCAGUACAUUUGUCCAGCCGGCAGUAACGCUUGUCGCUUCCUAACUGGGGACAAGUUGAGUGGAAUGUUCCGCCAAUAUCACUCGGGGGACGAYAUUUACGCGUACCAAGAUGGCCUGGACGAGGAGGGUUCCUCAAAAAUUCUGUCCAAAUUCAAUUUUMCUGAACGAGACCUUGAGCGACACGUGGAUUUCAACAUCAAAGGAGAUGACGUUAUAGUGUUCCUCCACAUCCAGAAGACCGGUGGGACUACUUUCGGRCGACACCUUGUCAGAAACAUUCACCUCGAACAGCCGUGUGAUUGUAUGCCCGGACAGAAGAAAUGUACCUGUCACCGCCCGGGCAAAGCGGAGUCCUGGCUUUUCUCCAGGUUCUCUACUGGUUGGAGUUGUGGUCUGCAUGCGGACUGGACCGAGCUGACUAACUGCGUGCCUGCAGUGAUGAACAAGAAAGACAAGAAGGAUGCUCAGAGGAACGGACGGAACUUCUACUACAUCACCAUGCUGAGGGACCCUGUCUCCCGCUACCUGAGCGAGUGGAAGCACGUGCAGCGCGGCGCCACCUGGAAGACAGCCCUGCACRUGUGUGACGGCCGCUCUCCCACCCAGGACGAACUGCCCGCCUGCUACAGUGGCGACGACUGGACCGGGGUCACGCUGACCAACUUCAUGGACUGCCCUUCCAACCUGGCCAACAACCGGCAGGUCCGCAUGCUGGCCGACCUCAGCCUGGUGGGCUGCUACAACGUCUCCACCUUCACCGCCGGCGCCGAACGGGAGCGCGGCCGCGUCCUACUAGCCAGUGCCAAGAACAACCUCCGCAACAUGGCCUUCUACGGCCUGACCGAGUUCCAGCGCAAGACGCAGUACCUGUUUGAGCGGACGUUCGGCCUGCGCUUCAUCCAGGCUUUCACGCAGAUCAACAGCACGCGGGCGGCCAGCGUGGGGGUGGGGGAGGGGGCUCUGCGGCGGCGCAUCGAGGGGCUCAACGCCCUGGACGUGGAGCUGUACGAGUAUGCCAAGGAGCUGUUCCUCCGGAGGUACCAGUACAGCCACCAGACACAGCACCGGGAGCAGAGGYUGAGGAGGAGGCAGGAGAGGCAGGAGGAGAGGCAGYGGCUACACCAGCACAGRGCCCCCAUCUCCAAAGCCAGGAGGGAGGAGGAGGAGAGGGAGAUAGAGGGGGUGGAAGGGGAGGAGGUGGGAGGUGUAGCCACCACAGAGGACUACAGCAGCCAGGUGGUGAGAUGGUGAAGCCGUAACACCCAUGUAAGGACUAGUACUUCUUGUCAGUUUCUCUCUCUCUCUCUCUCUCUCUCUCUCUCUCUCUCUCUCUCUCUGCUCCCUCUCUCUCUCUGCUCCCUCUCUCUCUCUCUCUGCCUUGGGCUGCCCAAUGGUGUCUUAAUCUUUCAGAUGGAUGUAUUUAUUAUUUAUUAUUACUAUGUAUUAUGAUGUGGUAAACUUUUGUUUCUCCUCUCAUGCAGAGUUUAUUGUGUGUGUUCAUUUUCUAAUGCUUGUCUGUUUUUCAAAGUAGGUGAACAACUCUAGGGUGUCAAAUGAACAUUCUACAAGAUUUGAUCAGAAUCUCCAUGGGACUGUACGUAAACAAAAUUAGCGCCUCAGGAUUCUUGAAAAGUAAUGUGGUUCACUUAGGGUUGCAAAGGGAGGGUACAGUACUGUGAAAAAGUUUUAGGCAGGUAAGCUAACAAGGUGAGGUUGCUGAACACAGUUUACUGUCAAAAGUCAUACACCAUGGCAAGACUGAGCACAGCAACAAGACACAAGGUAGUUAUACUGCAUCAGCAAGGUCUCUCCCAGGCAGAAAUGUCAAGGCAGACAGGGGUUUCCAGAUGUGAUGCCCAAGCUCUUUUGAAGAAGCACAAAGAAACGGACAAUGUUGAGGACCAUAGACGCAGUGGUUGGCCAAGGAAACUUACUGCAGCAGAUGAAAGACACAUCAUGCUUACUUCCCUUCGCAAUCGGAAGAUGUCCAGCAGUGCCAUCAGCUCAGAAUUGGCAGAAAACAGUGGGACCCUGGUAACACCCAUCUACUGUCUGGAGAAGUCUGGUCAGAAGUGGCCUUCAUGGAAGACGUGGGGCCAGGAAGCCACACCUCCGACGUGGAAACAAGGCCAAGCGACUCAACUAUGAACGAAAACACAGGAACUGGGGUGCAGAAAAAUGUCAGCAGGUGCUCUGGACUGAUGAGUCAAAAUUAGAAAUAUUUUGCUGUAGCAGAAGGCAGUUUGUUCACCGAAGGGCUGAGAGCGGUUCACGAAUGAGUGUCUGCAGGCAACAGUGAAGCAUGGUGGAGGUUCCUUGCAAGUUUGGGGCUGCAUUUCUGCAAAUGGAGUUGGGGAUUUGGUCAGAAUUAAUGGUCUCCUCAAUGCUGAGAAGUACAUGCAGACACUUAUCCAUCAUGCAAUACCAUCAGGGAGGCAUCUGAUUGGCCCCAAAUGUAUUCUGCAGCAUGACAACAACCCCAAACAUACAGCGAAAGUCAUUAAGAACGAUCUUCAGUGUAAAGAAGAACAAGGAGUCCUGGAAGUGAUGGUAUGACCCCCACAGAGCCCUGAUCUCAACAUCAUCGAGUCUGUCUGGGAUUACAUGAAGAGAGUAGCACCUGAGGCUGCCUAAGUCCACAGAAGAACUGUGGUUAAUUCUCCAAGAUGUUUGGGCCAACCUACCUGCUGAGCUCCUUCAAACUGUGUGCAAGUGUACCUAUAAGAAUUGAUGCUGUUUUGAAGGCAAAGGGUGGUCACACCAAAUAUUGAUUUGAUGUAGAUGUUUCUUCUG